AUGAACCGUAAUAUAGUGAAUUUCGUUACAAUCUCUUCGACUGAAUAACAGAAACAGAGAAAAUUGUGGCCUCUUCUCUCCAUAAAAACCGAAUCUGGCAUCUCCAGAUGUCUUGUUCGAAUAGAACUUGAAAAAAUUGCAGAGCAGAAAUCAUCACAAUGUCACUCAAAUCUCAGAUUCUUUGGAACUGUAUCGCAUUACUCAAUCAUCCUCUUCAGAAACAAACGGUAAGACAAUUCCACCAAUUCCAAUUCCGUCCAAUUCCCACCACUUUCCAUCGUCAUCUCCGCCCUACUCCUCCUCCUCUGUUCCGACCUCAUCUGUUUAACAUGUCUUCACAAGCUUCCCCUGAUCCGCCAUCGGAUUCAUCAGUCCCCAUUAAAACAGUGAAAGUGGUGGCUACCGGUAGGGUUCAGAGGGUGCAUUACCGGGACUGGACUGUGCAGAAUGCAACGGAAUUAGGUUUGAAAGGGUGGGUGAAGAACCGAGGAGAUGGCUCUGUAGAAAUUUUGCUUUCCGGAGAAGCUGAUAAGGUUGACGAGAUGCAGGAGCGAUGUCGAACAGGGCCACCCCUUUGCGUAGUUACGAAGUUUCAAUCUUUCCCUUCCACGGAAGAUCCAGGGACAGGGUUUCAACGCCUACAAAGUUAUUGAUAGCAUAUAUUCUCUAUUACUGUUUUUACUUACAAUGUCGAACUUCUAGAACCAUGUUUGUGGGUUUGUCUUCUUCGUUUUCGUUUUAACAUACUUCGUUUGUGUUUACUAAGUUUUGGGCUGAUAGAUUGUUAUGUGUGCUUUCAAGAAAUUAUAACCAUUGGGAUUAGAGAUUAGAAUAAUGUGUUGCAUUCGACGAAAUAUCCAACUCAACCACUGAAAUAAUCUUUAGUUUGUUGAAUUAUCAAAUGAUUAACAAAGAUGCUUCUGUGGACAAAAAUCACUCAUGAAAGUUGGAUAUUGUUGAGACCUAGUUUGUCUUUCAUUCAGUAGUUU